CAUACGAAAUCGACAACAUUCUUCUCUCUUUAUUCAUCGUCGUCGUGGAAUUCAAUUGUCCACUUCUCUUUCUCUUUCUCUUUCUCUACUACCCAUGGCGGCGAUGACAAUUCGGCCGGUGAUCUGCGAGAUGAAACCGGCAAUUACACCAUUGGGACCAACUGAAAAAGCUAUGAGGCCGAUUGAUUUAUCGCUACCGGCUAUAGACAAACAGAAGAUUCUCUUACAGCCUAGGGUAUGCACUCUCAGAUCUUACGGCUCGGCGGACCGCACUGCUGUAAUCAGAACAAGAAAGGACCGCGAAGAAAGCGUCCUUGAAGUAGAGAAAUCGUCCCCGUUCUUCACAACGCUAUCGGACUAUAUUGAGAGCUCCAAGAGGAGUCAGGACUUCGAAACUAUCUCCGGCCGUCUUGCCAUGGUUGUUUUUGCAGCAACAGUGGCGGAAGAGUUCGUAACGGGGAAUUCACUGUUCAGGAAGAUGGAUUUGCAGGGGAUAGAGGAAGCUGGUGGUGUUUGUGUGGCGGCCGUUGCUUGUGCGGCAACUUUUGCUUGGUUUUCAAGUGCCCGAAACAGGGUAGGUCAAGUUUUCCUCAUCGGCUGCAACAACUUCUUUGAUUCCCUCAUUGAUCAAAUCAUCGAUGGCUUGUUUUAUGAUGAUCGGUCCGAUGAUGAUAUGUGAAGGGUGAGCAUACAUUAAUUAAUUAGUCCAAUACCAUACAAAUACAUAAUUCAUAUUAUGAUGGAGGAGGAGGAGAAUUAAAGCAUUUAUUUAGUACCAAGAUGAAAUGGGUACAAAUUUGUUCUCCUUUGGUUGAUUCUUCUUCCUUAACAAUGGAAGUUCUAUCACCUUAUUAUUAAUGUUUAUUCUUAUAGCUUUCAAUCCCUUUGGUAUAUGAAUUUAGGGUUUUCUUU